AUGGACAUGCCUCCGACGGCACCUUACUUCCCACCGCCCCCAACCACCACUUCGAGCAAACGCAACCCACAAAGACCAACGAGGGUAGACACCUCGCUGCCAUCUCCUCUACGAAGAUCUCGCAAAUUCCUCCUACCACCACUAUUACUCCUCUCCUUUGCCUGCGUCGUCCUCUCAACCAUUUAUGCGUACUGCAUCGCCUCGCCGCAUACCCACCUCACAGCCGCCGAUUAUGCGCACAACCCACAAGCCGAGCUCAACGAGUCUCUGUUCAGACGUGACGGCGGUAGCCCCAUCACAAGCCUGACUCCAGCGCUCGCUCUGUACGCUCUCACUACGCCCCUAGCCACCAUCGUCCUCAUUCUCGCCGAAACCGCCUUGCAGAUCUUACGGCCGAAGCUCAACUACAGCCGGCCCUUCCUUACCCUAUGUACUGCCGCCGCUUUAGCUAUUGCCUUCGGAUGGAUUGCCACAUCAAUCCUAUGGGUGCACUGUGAGAUCUCGCCGCUGCAGCAUGCGCCGGGAUCGCAGAAUGUAUGUCCGGCUUCGGUGCGUGGACACUUCAUGUGGGGUAUUCACGAGCUGUCAUGGGCAAGAGCGGCGUUGGGAUUUCUAGUUGGUGUCGGGUUCAUGCUGCAUGCUUUCUGCGCUGUCAAGAGCUUGAAGAGCGCUGUGAGGCAGCUGAAAGGUCAUGGUGGCGUGGGAAACGGGCUGGGACUUCAGCAUGGUGAGGCUCAAAUGGUGGAUAUAGAGAGGGAGAUGGAGGAGGGCUUGAGGGUGCAGCGGAGUUUGAGGCUGGGUAUGAAAAGAGUGGGCAGAGAGUGCGGGUUGUUGGCUAAGGAGACGUUGUCUGACGGAAAGAGGCCUUGA